ACAUUAGAUUGAGCAGCCAUGUAAAGUUGCUAAUAUUACAUAUUUUUAGAUGAUAAGCCAUAUUUAAGUUCGAUGAAUGAUUGGCGAAUGUUUGGCUGUCCUGCCUGAUGUACUGUAUACAAUAUACCUGCCGUAAAUGAUCUGUCCGUCCCGGACUGCGUGACUUCGCCUGUGGAUUUUAUUAUUUUAUUCUGCCACUAAUAAAAUUUUGGUCGACCAAGCCUCUUCUGCAGAUUUAUGCAGAGUAAUAUUUAUAUGAAUACCGUAAUAUAAAGUAUUACCAAACAUACAAAACAAUGAUUUUUCAUGUCUAAUUUACUUUAUAUUAUAUUUACCAGUACUUGUUACUCUUGAAAUUGAUUUGCUUUGGGAUACCUGUAACACAAACAUAUGAUUUUAGACAUGUCAAAAAAAAAAAACUACCAAAAUAAGUAAUAAGUUUGAGAGAGAGAGGGAAAGACAGCGAGACAGAGAAAGAAAGAGGGUGUGACAUUCUGCUCGGACUGUGACAGAAUAACUGAUGACAAUAAAAAUGUAGAAACAGACUAGACAAGAAGAGAAGUUUUCAGACAAAAACGGGGAACUUUUUAUGCGUUUUGCCUGUUCGUUUACGCAACAGCAGUGUUUUGGGGACUGAAAAAGCAUAUUUUUGAAAACAGGUUUCAAAGUGCUUCAAAGUUUCUGAAAAUGCCCCGUUAUUGUUUCCAUGUAAACAUCCACUAUGGGAAUCUUCGAAAAUGGUGACGCCAUGCGCGUGCGUAGUACGUGAUAGGUAUGUAGACAUGCGCAGUAUGUGUUGCUUUUAAAGGGAAGUGCGAACAAACAUACACAACAAUGACAGAGUACAUGGUACUGUUGUUUCUGCUCAACAGUUUGCUAACGCUUCUCCAGCAAAGUGUGGAUUUACUUCACCAAUAUUGCAAUCAACAGCGGAGACGCAUCACAUCCAACAUAUGUAUAUCGUCACUUCCCUACAGAUACUGUUUACUAACAAGGUGAUGGUGCCAACUACUGGCCUGGCAUAUGUAAUACAGCGCUUUUGGCCAUUUCGCAUAUAUGUGUAAAUGAGAAUUGUUUUGAAAAUGUUGUCAUGUAUAUGUGAAACAUUUUAAAAAUGACAAGGGAAAAACUUUUCCGUCAUUUGAUUACAUCUGUUGUCAUGUAAACAUAGCCGUAGACUACAGAAAAAGACACAAACACACACCUGAACACACACAUGACGUCUGUGAGCAUCCGGGAGCAUGUUGAAAAGGUGUGUGUGUGUGUGUGUGUGUGUGUGUGUGUGUCACGGUCACUUCUUGUCCUGGUUUCAGUUCUUCUUCCCCUGCGGCUGUAACCUCAUCUACAUCUUUCUCAUUCUUUCAUUUUCCUCCUGUUAUCCUUCUUUUCGCAGCUGCCCCCCUCUAGUCCUCUCUCUCAUUUUCACCCCCCCCCCCACCAACACUUCUCUCUCUCUCUCUCUCUUUAAAUUGAUGUUAUGAGAUUCCAGCUCCACUUCAGAUCAAAUUAAAAAAAGCUUUAGUGAGAGCAAACCGCACGACCUUCCUUCAUCCUGUGUUUUACAUAUCACACACACACACACUACAAGGGACAUGUCCCUUUGUUGUUUUUAUGUAAGGCUAAUAGCAAUGACUGCAGACCAACAAUAUUGAUAAAACUUCAAUGUUUUGUAUUUUAUAGAUGUUUUUUUUUUUUUUUUAAAGAAUGGUAAAAACUUUAAAAUUCACAUUUCCUAUCAAAGACACCCAUAGAUUUUGUGAGAUUACGAUAAUAUUAUAAUUUAUAUUUUUAAUUAGUUUUUUUCUUAUUUCGUAUUUGUUCAUUUCAAGAUUAUUUUUAUUUUUUUCUCGUUUGUUUGAGCCUUAUACAGAAACAGAGACUCAACCAAUGGUGUGAGUUUGGGGGCGGGACUUUCUAUUUAUCCAACCAAUGACAGGUGAGAUGAGUGUCUCAGAAAGAUGUUUGAAAAAGGUGUUUUGGUACACCAGUGCCACAGAUAAGAUGCACAAUACUUGUAUUCCUCAUUUCAACAGGCCUUUUUUAAACUGAACCUAAACUGAAACGUCUUUCGAUUGUAAAGUGUGUCAGUGCAUCCUUCUUUACAGCAAAUAACACCAGCUGUCUAUUGUGCUGACAUUCAGACAUACUAGUAAUAAUAAUAUAUCAUGGGGGGGACGGGACUAUUUUUUAAAACCAAGCAUUAUGUUUUCUAACAAAACACACAAAUUUGCAAACUGCAAACACUUCUUUGACCCUAAAUCUUGAACACGUUUGGACAGUGUGUGUGUGUGUGUGUGUGUCCAGACCUCCUAUCAGCAACUAAUGUGACCAAACAGGAGGGGGAAACCAGGACACACAGCGGGAUUAAAACACACACACACAUGCACACACACAGAGAGAGAGGGAGAGAGAGAGAGAGAGAGAGAGAGAGGGAGGAGAUACGAGACGCUCAGUUCACCAGUAGAUGGAAAGAGAGACAGAUGUGCUCGUGAGAGAGAGAGACAGAUCAUAAACACAGACAAGAGAAAAUCACACAGACGGAUGUAAGAAAGAAGAACAGAAACACACGGAGGAGUCCGAUCUCACAGGAAUAUAGGAGAAACAGAACGAGAGAAAGAGAGAGAUGAAGAGAUGCAGAGAUGAAGAACAGUCCGUUCACCUACACAACACUCUGUGAUGAAGACAGGCAAACAAUGAAUUUGAAGACUUUGACUGGAUUGAUGACAAGACGGAUGUGAAAACGGAUUUCUGACCAAUGCGAUCAUUUCUAAUGCUGUGGAAUACAACUUCCCCAAACACAUACCUGUAGAUAGUAUGCUUAUAAACGAAGGCCACAUCCCCUCCAGCUCCUCGUCAGGGGGCUGAGACAAUCAGACGAGGUCAUGGGCCGACGGGCAGCUGACACAUCCAAUGCGGUGCCGGCACUGGAGGUGCCUCUAGCUGGUGGUCGGGCUGUCCUGUCUCAGAAAUGGGGCGCUUUGUGCAGCGUUGGCGUCCAAACAUCGCCGGGUCUCCGCUCACUUCCCUCAAUGAAGAAGAGGACUCAAACUGUCAGUACGGCCAAUGGACCGACUGCCGAAACAAUGUCGCUAGACCGGGUGAGGCGUUGUGAAGUCAACGGGAGUCUUGUCGACAAGACAGUAUCCAGGAACCAUGUGGCACAGGACAGGACGUCCCAGGAAAGCGAUGUGUAUUGUCAAAUCAAAGCAAAUCCAAACCAAUCUGGACUAAGAGGGAGUUUAAAAAGAACCCCUCGGUAUGUUAACGGAAGUAUUGUUGCGCCAGAAGUGGUGGGUGGAGUUUGUAGUGAAGGGGCGGAGUCUGAGGAAGCAAGGCAGCAGAGUCAAACAAUGAUACGUGAAUGUAGGCGGGGUCAGUCACUGAAAGGGGAGGCAGCCAGGCCAGCCACCUGCUCGUACAACACGCCCCCUCGCCCAUGUCGCAUGAUGACAUCAUCUCCCAGACUUUGCGCCAGCUGUGGGCGGAGACAAUCUCAAGCCCCACCCUGCAUGGCGCCUGCUUGUCGCAAACGAGCUGCCAGUCAGGUUCAAGCAAGCAUGACUCUUCCGACACCACCGAGGAAAAGCUGUUCGCCUCGCUUGCAGAAAAGAAACUCAACAGUUGGACAGCCAACGUAUGCGCAAAUUCCGAAUCACACUUUGCAAAAUGCAUGCUCCACCCCUUCACAAUCCAACAAAAAAGAUGCACAAACAGAGACAUCGACACAGUUUGAAAAACCCAAUAAUGACUCGACGACACACAAAACGCAACACACGCAAACACGUGUCAAAACAGAAUCAACCGCACAACAUGCACCACAAGAUGCAAAGGACAAGUGUGCGACUACGCAAACACACAAAUCUCCCAUGUCUAAACCGAUUGGCUGUGAGUCCCAAGCCACACCUACUCCUCCACCCAAGAAAGACUUGAAACCAAUACAGGUCAAAAGUAAACCAGCACCUCCAGAGCUUCUGAUUAGCUCAGGGACGGAGCCUAAACCACAAACCCCGCCUCCUCCUCCAUCAGAACCUAAAAAUGAGACGGAAACGGACUCUAAAGACACCCACCCACCUGCAACAGACAAUAUCCCACAAUGCAAAGGUGCACCUGGCGUUCUACAUGGACUGCUGCAAAAUGUAGAAGAAAACCUGCUGUAUAAUCAGGAAAAGAUCAAAGUUCUUCUCAAUGUCAUUCAGGAUCUGGAGAAGAACAAAGCAAUGAGUGAAGGGCGUUGUUCUUACAGAACAGGUCAGGACAUCAACAACUGUUCAACCUGCCAGAAAACAGCCUGCAUUAUAUACAGGCUGACAAAACCUCACUUUACACGGUGACUCUUCAGACUUUCAGAAACAGCGCUCGAUGCUGCACAGAGAGCAUUAGCUGGUGUCACACAGGACACGCUGUGCUAAAAAACAGGUUGACAGUGACUGAACAGAGCAGAACACAGGAGUCUAUAAGCCAUGUUAAAAAUGCUAAAUGCAGAAAAGAAUCUCAUGCAGAGAGAUCCGUCUGAUGCAUAUGUACUGUACAUAGUAUAGAUCAUCUAUAGUUUGUUGAAGGCAUGUAGUAGAUUGUGUGUGACAGGUUUAUCAGCAACAUUUUGUUUGGCCUUAUUUGUGUAACUGAUACAGUAGGCUUCAUAGGGUUAAAACACUACUCAAAGGAGCAAGAAAAUCCAUUUUCCGUGACCCAUUUAAAAUAUUAUAAAUUGUGCGGAGAGCCACAUCUGAAUUAUGAGUCUUCUGGGGGGCAGAAACAGACAUAAAUUCACCAAGAGACCAUGAGAAUGAUUUAAGUGUUGCAUCAAUAUCCUACAGCAGAAACAUAUGAGCAUCUACUCUACUCAGAUGAAACAGAUUUUUUUCAGUCUUAAUUGGUGUCUCUUGCUAAGAAAACUCAGAAAAAAAGUAGAAUUCUUUAAGUAGGCAGUUAAAUAGAGUAGAGUGUGUGCUUUUGUAGGUGUGUGAUGUAUUUAUUAGAGUCAGCUGUUUGUGUCUUAUAAUCAAGGGACAUUGAGCUCAAGAUCCCUUUCAGCUGUAAUGAAGCCCUGAGGGACACACACACACAAACACACAUAUCAAAAAGCAGAGAAAACUGUGAACCUGUGCGAUAUCCCUCCUGUCACACAAACACACACACAUUCAGUCAGUGCUAUAUGAAAUUCCCUCGACUCUGUUAUCUCUCUUCCUUUCUUUCCUGUUGGGAUAAACAGGAUAAUUAUUCCUGUACUAUGAAGAGCUAAUCACACACUAAUACAUGUUUCCAGCACUCACACUAAGGUAAAGCCUCGGGAAUCAAUUAAGAGAGAUGGAUUUCCUAUUGAAGUUAAAUCUCAUGACAAUACAUUUGAGAAAAGCCAGGAACACACACACAUAUACAAAGGUUCUGUUCCAAAUACUUUCAAGCUGCUUUGCUGUCUACAUAGGCAACUUCCUUCUAAGGCAGCAUCUGAAGUGAAUGAUUCGGAGCACACUAAAUAAGCAGAAACUCUGUGUCAUAUAAAUAGUGCUCCUCAUAUGAAAUGCACAGUAGGCUUGACAAGUUUCUUUAAUCUGCUCGAUCAUACAUGCGUGCAUUUAUUUGUUCAUGCAUUUGUGCAUUUGAUUAUGUAUACAUAUAUUUGAAUAAGCAUCCAUUCAGUUAUAUUAAUUAAUUUGCUUAUGAGUUAAUGCAUUCAUUCAUUCAAGAGUUUAUGUUUUCAUUCAUUAGUUUAUAUGCUUAUACAUUAAUCCAUCCAUUCUUGUGUGCAUUCAUUUGUUCCUGCAUUCCUUUAUUUGCUUAUGCAUUCAUUCAUGUGUUCGGUCAUGCAUUAAUGUGUCUGUUCAUGCAUGCAUUCAAGCAUUCAUUUAUUAGUUUAAGCAUCCAGUUAUGUUUUGUGUAUGCAUUCUUGCAAUUGUGCAUUCAUUUAUGCAUUUGUUUAUGUGUUGAUUAAUUAGUGUUCAUAUAUUCAUUCAUGCAUUCAUUAAUUUGAUCGCAUACAUUUGUUCAUGCAUGAAUAAAUUUGCUCUUGCAUGCAUUCCUCUGUACAUGCAUUUGUUAAUGCAUUAAUUCAUUAGUUGAUGCAUUCUUUAAUUUAUUUAUGCUUUCAUUCAUGCAUUUGUUUAUUCAUGCAUUAAUUCAUUAGGUUAUGCAUUCAUUCAUUAAUAGAAGGUGCAUUAAAGCUAACUUUUUAACCUUUAUAAUAAAGAUAAUGAUCCAAAAAUCAGAACAGUUUUUACUGUUCCAAUAUUUUUUUUAUUCACAACUGAACUUUUAUAGCCUUAAUGACUUGGCUCAUUUCAAAUGCAAUAAGCAACAUCUGUUAACACUCUGCUCAAGGGUUCAUUAAAAAAAGACUGGUACCAUAUUUUUUUUUUUCUUAAACCAUUUUGAUUUUUCUUAAACCAUUACAUCUAGAAUGAAGCCUGAAAUGAAAGCUUUAAUGCACCCUCUAUAUUGGUCGAGAAAGAAGCAUUCCUGCUUGUUCUACUGUGUUGUUGAAUCAGAUUUUGUACAUUUUGUUGUGUUGUGCACUACAGGGCCACCACAGACACAAAACCUCAUACUCAAAUCACACAAACAAUGUAUUUGAGACAAAGUAGAUCUCCUGUCUGUUUCAGUAAAGACAAGUCAAUAUCCAAAACUGUUAGUCAGGAUUAUGCUUUCACAUUCAAAUUAGCACUAAAGUCAAACAAUUAAAGUUUCUUUAACUUAUACACCACACUAAAAACUGUACUUUGUAGCCUUCUUUCAUGAGUCAUCAGUAUUUCAACCCCAUUUUCCCAGAAGAGUAUAACACUUCAUUUAAAUUGUACAAUUCUGUAUCUUUUACAAAUUUUGACUCUGGAUUUCAAGCCGUCUUUAAGACUCCAGAGCAAAAAAAACUAAAUCUGUGCAAAAAGAAAAAAAAACACACUUUCCUUUAGGAUUGCGUUCUCAGACAGAGUGUGAUUUAUAGCACAAGAUUUCCUUUGACUCGUGAGUUAGGGAAGAUAAUAUUGAUGAUUAAGACUUCUCUCCAUCUGUAAGAGCAGACUCAAGCUUUGAGUCUUCUGACGGACUGAACUCUCUUUCCUCAAAAGAUCCGUUCAUCACAAAUUCUGCUUCCAUACUUCUUUAUCUCUCUCCUUCUCCAUGACUUGAUGCCUCGUCCUCAAGGGACGAAGAAAAUUUGAGAUGGGCUUGUUUAUAAUGCUCUUUAAAAAACAGAAAUGCACACUCUUCUUCAACAUAUUCUUUGCCCAUGCAAAGCUCAGGUGGCUGCUCAGCAAGCAAACAAAUGAUCCUCUCAAUGAAUCAUUUAUGUCUUUAGCACACACGUUACAGUAUGUGACAAGUUAGACUAAUACUUAGAGUUAAAGGUCUCACAAACACAGAGUUCAAUCAAUAAUAAUAGCCAAGCAAGCACUACUGAUGACAAAAACAGCAUAAUCAAUUGCACUGCUAAAAAAAAAAAAAAAAAAACACUCUGUGAAGAUGGUUUUCCUGGUGCACUGAUCAUAUACAUGUAAAUGUGUCAUCUGGAUAUGCAAAUCAGAGACAUCACCUAGCAAUUUCUAGUGACAAACGACGCCCUCUGAAAUGACAGCAACACUGAAAAACAGAUUUAGAGCCGGCGAAAGCUGUCGAGUAUCAAAUGCAAUACAGAAAUAACUAGAUUUGCAUUUCCUGGAGAAAACAGCAGUGCCUGCACAGCAACUAAAGGAGAGUCUGAGAUUAAGGCUUUAGUUCUGCCUGCGAAAAUGCUGCAUCACAGAUGCUUUGCUGCUAUUGUGAUGCUAAGCAUCCUGUUUCAUAUCAACUGAGCAUCAAAUGUGUAAAUGCAACUCAAGAGGGUUGAACAACAGAAGCUUGUUUUUGCCAUGCUGAUUUUUUAUCUCACAAUUUGGCCUAGUUUUGCAAUUCUAAAAGAGUUCAGAAUUGCAAGAUAUAAAGCCAAAAGAUUGACAAAUGGCCAAUAGCAAUAAUCAGAUGAUUUAGAAAAGAAACGCAGUAGCACCAUCCCUGUGGAAGGGGUGUAUUUUCCAUACAGUGUCCUAUAACAAGCUGUGGUUGAAUAGUCUUUGUUUAUCUCCGUCUGUCAUUAUGGGGUUUGUUAACCUUCAGUAUUUCUCUGUCAGUCUGUAUUAGUCUCUCAUCCUUUUACCUCCAUCUUUUGCUCAUCGUAGCCUCUGUCUCUCAAACUCACUUAGUUGCUGGGAAAUUGCAGGCAGGACUGUGGCUACACUGUAAAUAGAGGGCAUAACCCUCACACACACAUUCUCAUGCUGUUAGAUUGCAGUCCGAUGAAAUGGUCAGAAUCUCUGUAUGUUUCACCGCUGUGAUAAUAGUUCACGUCAGUGGCCUUGGCUCCAGAAGUAUUUGUCUCAUUCAUUUAUGCACUGGGAUUUUAAAAAAAGUAAUUGUAACGAGUUUUAAUCCAUGAGCCAAACAAAACAGCUCUGAUAUAAAGCAACAUGAUACAA